AUGACUUGGGAAGAGCUGCCCAGAGACCACCAGAUCCAGCCCACGCCACAGCAGUGGAACGUCAGUGUGACUCCAAGAGACCAUUCCGGUUCCUUUGGAUUCAGAAACAAAAUGAGCUGGUGUUACCAUGCGUUAGUCAUCAAAAACUGUCAUUCAAGAGUACAAAUUACUGUGCAAAAGCACCAAACAUUAUCAGUCUACCAGCUAAAGGCCUGUAUCAUCUCUUACCUGAGACAAAAACCUUUUAACUUACUACCUCCAAGGGAAGCUAAGAAUCUCUUCGGGGACAGAACCAGUUCGGAGGAGUCCCUACUGCACAGCAUACGGUCCGGAAAUCUGCUCGGAGCACGGAACUACCCAGCUCGAGGCUGGGUAGAUGACCCGCGCACUCCUCUCGCCGCUAAUUCGGGAUCAUUAAUUUCAUCGGAAAUGAGCUCUUCGCCACCCGUCCCUCCGUGGGUACCUCCGCCAGGCAUUAGCUGGAAGGGAAGGACUCUUCUUUGGACUGGUGGUACCUGGCCAACAGGUGUGCCACCUGGAGGAGGAGAAGGCACAGCCAUGCUACAGGGAGCUCAGUGCGGCGGCGUUCUCCUGGCUGCACAUAAUUCUGGAAGGCCGGUAGGUGUCGGGGCAACAUUUGACCUUUUUCAGGUGCUUUGAACCAAAUGGCUAGAAAUAGGAUCC